AAUGAAGACAAACUCAGAGAUGGUGUGUCUAAGAAACUUCAAAAGGUGUAGACCCCCUGAUUGAAGCAUAGCUGAUUUAUUUGAUUCAUUUUUUCCAUUUUAUUCCUGUACUCGUGCAAAGGAGAGUCAUGAUUACACUAACAGAGCUAAAAUGCUUAGCAGACGCCCAGUCAUCUUAUCACAUCUUAAAGCCAUGGUGGGACGUCUUCUGGUAUUACAUCACCCUCAUCAUGCUGUUGGUGGCUGUGCUGGCCGGAGCUCUCCAGCUCACUCAGAGCAGGGUCCUGUGCUGUCUUCCGUGCAAAGUGGAAUUUGACAAUCACUGCGCUGUGCCUUGGGACCUCCUGAAAGCCAGCGUGAAUACAUCCUCUAAUUCUGGGACACCGCUUCCGCUCCCCCUCCGAAUCCAGAAUGAUCUCCACCGACAGCAGUACUCCUACAUCGACGCAGUCUGUUACGAGAAACAGCUCCACUGGUUUGCGAAGUUUUUCCCCUACCUGGUGCUCUUGCACACACUUAUCUUUGCAGCCUGCAGCAACUUUUGGCUUCACUACCCCAGCACCAGUUCCAGGCUGGAGCAUUUUGUGGCCAUCCUUCACAAGUGCUUCGAUUCUCCAUGGACCACCCGUGCCCUGUCGGAAACGGUGGCUGAACAGUCAGUGAGGCCCCUGAAGGUCUCCAAGUCCAAGACUUUGCUUUCGUCCUCAGGGUGUUCAGCUGAGGUGGACUCCAGCAAGCAGUCCCUGCCUUACCCACAGUCGGGGUUGGAGUCAACCAGCAUAGAAAGCCCAACUUCCAGUGUCCUGGACAAGAAGGAAGGUGAACAGGCAAAAGCCAUCUUUGAGAAAGUGAAACGGUUCCGUCUGCACGUGGAGCAGAAGGACAUCAUUUACCGGGUGUAUCUGAAGCAGAUAAUAGUCAAAGUCAUUUUGUUUGUCCUCAUCAUAACUUAUGUUCCAUAUUUUUUAACCUACAUUACUCUUGAAAUUGACUGUUCAAUYGACGUGCAGGCUUUUACAGGAUAUAAGCGCUACCAGUGUGUCUACUCCUUGGCAGAAAUAUUUAAAGUCCUGGCUUCAUUUUAUGUUAUUUUGGUAAUACUAUACGGUCUCACCUCCUCCUAUAGCUUAUGGUGGAUGCUGAGAAGUUCCCUGAAGCAAUAUUCCUUUGAGGCGUUAAGAGAAAAAAGCAACUACAGCGAUAUCCCGGACGUCAAGAAUGACUUUGCCUUCAUCCUCCAUCUGGCUGACCAGUAUGAUCCUCUUUAUUCCAAACGCUUCUCCAUAUUCCUGUCAGAGGUCAGUGAGAACAAACUGAAGCAGAUCAACCUGAACAACGAAUGGACGGUUGAGAAACUGAAAAGUAAGCUUGUGAAAAACUCCCAGGACAAGAUAGAGCUGCAUCUCUUCAUGCUCAGUGGUCUUCCAGACAACGUGUUCGAGUUAACGGAAAUGGAAGUGCUCAGCCUAGAGCUUAUCCCUGAGGUCAAACUGCCCUCUGCAGUCUCGCAGUUGGUCAACCUCAAGGAGCUUCAUAUAUACCAUUCAUCUCUGGUGGUAGACCAUCCUGCACUGGCCUUUUUAGAGGAGAAUUUAAAGAUCCUCCGCCUGAAAUUUACUGAAAUGGGAAAAAUCCCACGCUGGGUAUUUCACCUGAAGAAUCUCAAGGAACUUUACCUGUCAGGCUGUGUUCUCCCAGAGCAGUUGAGUACCAUGCAGCUGGAGGGCUUUCAGGACCUAAAAAACCUGAGGACCCUCUACUUGAAGAGUAGCCUGUCUCGGAUCCCCCAGGUGGUCACAGACCUUCUGCCUUCGCUGCAGAAGCUGUCCCUUGACAAUGAAGGAAGCAAACUGGUUGUGCUGAACAACUUGAAAAAGAUGGUCAACUUAAAAAGCCUAGAACUGAUCAGCUGUGACCUGGAACGCAUUCCACACUCCAUUUUUAGCCUGAACAAUUUGCAUGAGUUGGACCUAAAGGAAAAUAACCUUAAAACUGUGGAAGAGAUCAUUAGCUUUCAGCAUCUUCAAAAUCUUUCCUGCUUAAAACUGUGGCACAAUAACAUUGCUUAUAUUCCUGCCCAGAUAGGAGCAUUAUCUAACCUAGAGCAGCUCUCUUUGGAUCAUAAUAAUAUUGAGAAUCUGCCCUUGCAGCUUUUUCUAUGCACCAAACUAUAUUAUUUGGAUCUAAGCUAUAACCACCUGACCUUCAUUCCAGAAGAAAUCCAGUAUCUGAGUAAUUUGCAGUACUUUGCUGUGACCAACAACAAUAUCGAGACACUGCCAGAUGGACUGUUUCAGUGUAAGAAGCUACAGUGUUUAUUCUUGGGGAGAAAUAGCCUGACGGAUUUGUCCCCUCAUGUGGGUGAGCUGUCGAACCUCACUCAUCUGGAGCUCAUUGGUAAUUACCUGGAAAUGCUGCCUCCAGAGCUGGAAGGGUGUCAGUCCCUGAAACGGAGCUGUCUGAUCGUCGAGGAUAGUUUGCUCAAUACUCUUCCUCUCCCUGUGACAGAACGUUUGCAGACUUGCUUAGAUAAAUGUUGAUCAGAGACCUGUGUUGCAAAGGCAUUUUUAAACGUAUGCCCCAGGGCUUUAAAAGAGAAAUAAACUUUCCUAAGUUAUAAAGAUGAAACAUGGGUGUGGUAAUUGUGAUGCAUCAUAACCAAAUAUCUUAUUAAAGCCACUCAGUAUCUUGCCCUAAGUUAAACAGGUAAAAAGUAUAAACACUGAACUGGAACUUUGUGAAUAAUUGAUCUUUAACUUAUUAAGAUGUAAGAAGUACCCAUUGAGGAUGGGUUGAGGAGUGUG